GAAUUCACAAAACAGUACCUUCGCCUCUCUGCCUCAUUGGGCUCUUUCUGCCGUGCAUCUGGCGAUUAUACGUGACACUUGAUUGUCACGGAGUUUGAAUAUUGCCUCUAGGCUCCAGGCCUGCUUUUGUUCAGCUGAUAGUGCAAUAUCAUAAUACCUUACUCGGCAUCACGAAGAACAUCGUCACUCUCAACAGACGUACAAAUACGGAGAGAAAGGCUGCCACCGUCCUCGGCAGCAAUUCAAUCAAUCCCAACAAUGUCGACGUCCAACGACGAUACCAUCUCCAUCUCCUCGAGCCAAGGCGAGCAGUCAUCCGGGUCCUCAAACCCUCACCCUACCAGCAGCACUUCCAUCAGCUCCUCCAACAAGCAGAGCCCUGCCGGCUCCUCGGACAAAGAGAACAAGCCCCCCCGAGGCCCGUCUUCUCAGCCAUCCGAUGCCCUCCUCCCCCAGCUUGCGCGGCCGCUCCUCCCGAGCUUCGACGCCGCUCACCACGGAUGGGAUGCGUCCAACGUGCCCACGGCCAAGUGCGACCUCUGCCACAAGCAGCGCUGCGGCACCCUGCAAAAGUGCCGCGUCUGCAAGCUCUCCAUCUGCCACGACUGCUGCGUCGGAGACCGCCUGAAGAAUGAUCGCCGACACUCCAUCGAUGCUGCGGCCGUCAACUGGGAUGUGCCGCCGAGCCUUCGGAAGCGGCGAUUCCGUGCCAUCGAGAGCAGGCCUGAGCCGCCAAAGGGAGUCAAGAAGCAGAGGAUCAUCAUCAAGCGACGAGUUCCGGGACGAGGACGGAGUGGCGAGCCGUCGGCUGCCGGCGAGGCAAGAGACGGAUUGGCUUCUCCGAGGGUGAUGCUCGACGGAGCUGCUUCGACUCCUGACAGCGAGGGUUAUCGAGAGGAAGCCGGCCGGCUGCAACAACAUCGAGACUACGGCCACGCUGGUCUCGUGGAAGCUGCGCCUGAACCACCACGGCUUUCUGUAGCAAGAGAAGCCUCCAAUCCUACCGCCGGUCGAGCUCAACGCCAAGAUACAAUGCCUGCAACGCACGAUGCUCGCUAUCAACUGGAGACUGGGAAUCUCGAACACUCGAGGCUUCCUUCCGUACGACACUCCUAUGGUGACGACGGCCAUGGAAGAAGAUACCGGGCGUUUUCCAACGAAGACCCAUUUUAUGCCGCUCCCGCCAGAGAACAGCAAGCCCGAUUUCCUGUCCCUCAGACAGACGGCUACUCUCAAGCUGCUCAAUCUUGGCCAGUCUUGCCUCCCAUCGCAGCCCUGCUCAGUGGUAGGCUCCCGAGCCUCCCACCCCGCGCCACACCGGAGAUGCACAGCCGUCCCCAGCAACGCUUCUACCACGAGGACCAGCCCGUCGCCAGCGAGGCGUGGCCCCUGAACGAAUACGUCAGCUCCCUCGGCACCGGCCUCGCCAACGCGGCCCGUACGAGACACGCGUCAUCUGGGAAGCCACUGGAUCAAUGCUUGCGAGACGAGCUCCACGCCGUGUGGACGUCGCCCGCCUUCAUCGGCGAGGACCGUGACGCGGGCUUCCGGUACCGCCGUCUCCUUUCCGCGGCGUACUAUGCCAGCACCUGUCUGGGUCUGCCGCCUAGGGGGAAUGCCGCGAGGGAGUGGAUGUGCCAAGAGGAGCAGAAGCUGUGGGAGAUGGGGUACGAGUCGAUAAAGUCGGUGCCGCUCAUGGACUUUUUGCACGAGGUUGGGGUUCGCUAUUUGCGACAGGCUCAAUGUUAG